AUGCCUCAUCUCCUCCCCCGACAAUCAGCACCACCCUCUCCAACCCCCUUCAACUCAACAACCCUCCCAUUCACUUGCCCCCAGGGCGGCACUUUUCACGCCUGCGCCUCCUCCCCCUCCUCCUUCCUCGGCUGCUGCACAAGCUCCAACCCCUGCACCACCAGCUGCUUCCAAGGCAACCUGCGCCCCGUCUCCUUCCCCUCCUCCCUCUACGGCCAAUUCCCAGACGCCAGUUGCGGCCGCGACUCCCUGUUCUACACAUGCCUGUCCUCGCCGCCAUUCUGGGGCUGCUGCAAGUCGAAUCCAUGCGGUGGGAGCGGGUGCAAAGACGGAGACCUCACGGCCGCAUUCGCAGACAAUCCCGCACAGCAGGCGUGGUACUUCUCUGGUGCAAACAGCACCACCACUCCCCCGACUUCAACACCCACCGGACCAGCAGAAACCGUCACAUCGACCGCAGAACCGAACACCACCAGCACUCCUCCACCCCCAGACGACGGCAGCAAGGAAAUCCACGUCGGCGCGAUCGCAGGCGGCGCCGCGGCAGGCGGCAUCAUCCUCCUCCUCCUCAUCGCCCUCGUCGUGUACCUUCUCCGUUCCAGGUGGAGAAAUCCGAAGUUCAGCUAUCCGGUGGGCGGAUGCGUGCCGCUUGCUUAUCGCCACGACGACAGCGACGCUCCGGGCACGAUGGCGCAGCAGUAUUCCGCGGGGGAGAUGGAGUAUCCACCGACAUAUACAUCCCCGAUCCCGCCCUUCGCACAGCAAAAGUUCCACGCCUACACCACAACCACGACCUCCUCCUCCUCCCCGCAAAACUCCCCAGGCUCCCCAUCGCUAUCAUACGAACUACCAGGCUCGCCACCACCGAUCGACCGGGGGCAAGAGGGAACGCAAGCACAGCGAGCACGGCAUUUCUCCGAGCUGUCCGGCGACACGGCGGUAAGGUGCGAACUGCCUGAGACGCCGGGGAAGGAGGGGAAGGAUGGGUUUGGCGGGGUCGAUGAAGGUGGAGGGGGUCAGAGGGGCAGUGGGAGGGUGAGGAGUCCGGUUGUUUUUGAGGAGAUUUUUGCGGAGGAGGGCGAGAAGGGGAGGGUUGCGGGUGCUGAUCGAGUGAUUUAA